GUCUAAUUCCAUACAUGGUCGUGUACAUGGAGCACGGCUUUGUCAGCGACUCAUUAGCAAGUGUUCACUAAAAAGUUAGAAUAUGACACCAGUAACUGAUUGAUAUGCUGAACAUCGCCUCCAGUACAGCAGGCGGCGCUGUACACCAUUGGCUGAUAUCUUGGCCGCCGUUUUCGCACAAGAAGGAGAAACAACACCGUGGGAUAGCAGGGCUAGCUAAUGUUUACAAAGCGUAGCAUGUAAUAGAUGCAAUUUAAAGUUUGUUUUGCUUUUGUCAUUAAAGUCCCGAGCUUUUAAACACAUUGUUGCCCCGUCCGCUCACACUGUGGAAAAACACACCGUGACGCUGAAACGCCUGUAGCCACACUAAAUGCUAACGUUAACGUUAGCUAUGGAGAAAAUGUUCAGUCAGUGGAAGAAUCAGUGUCUGAACAAGCUGGACCAGAGUAAGAAGGGCAGCGUGGAUGAGGAUAUUGCACAUGUAGUGUCUCUGCUCAACAGCUGUGAGGAGUACUUCACCACCAGCUCCUGCUCCGGCAGAGUCGUCCUCAUCGACGGGGCUCCAGAGAGCAGUCAUGUCCUCAAACAGAAUUGCGUUUGGCUGUUUGUCUCACACCAGGAAUGCAGAUCUGAGGACCUGAUGGGUGGUCUGGCCAGGUCCAGUGGAGAUGCAGUGUUUAAGUUUGAGCCCUUUGUACUCCAUGUUCAGUGUCUGCGGCUGGAUGACGCUCAGCUGAUGCACUCAGUGGCCAUCAACUCAGGCUUCAGGAACUCUGGUCUCACUGUCAGCAAGACAGGAAAAAUCAUCACGGCUGUCCGAAGCACCCACUGCCUGGAGGUUCCUCUCAGCCACGAAGGAAAGCUCCUGGUUGAACACGAGUACAUCCAUUUCCUAACUCGGAUAGCCAAUCAGAAGAUGGAGGAGAACCUCAGACGGAUCCACAGGUUCUACCAGAAUCUCCAGUCAGCCCUGACUACAGAGAAACUACAAAAGCUACAGAUCCCAAAUCCUCCCAUCUCUCAGGAACCACAAGACACUAGACUGGAGACAGAGAGGGGGGAAGAAGAACAAAAGGAGGAGAAGAAGAAAACAAGUGUGUACAAACGGAGGCGGAAGAGAGAACACUGUCGGGCUGACUGUUGCCAUGGUGACGGGUCCAGCCUUGUGCCAGAGCUGGAUGACUGUCUGGAUCUGUUCACAUGAAGCAGACCCUGAAACAUGCUGACUCGCUCCUGUCAUGGCAGACUGGACAGUAGUGCAGAUUGUUGGUUUUAUUUGUGAGAGCUGGGGCCUGUAUCACCAUGGUAACCCACACUGCACCAUCAAUAGAUCAGAGUGUUGGAUCCAUCAUGUCUACACUGUCCCAACAUGCAUUCACAAUAAGACAUCAGGAGAUGCUUGGCUUUGCUUCCAGAUUCAUUUAAUAAUUAUAAUUACAAAGUAUGAGCUAUUAGCAAUACAUAGAGCUCAACAGGAAAGUUGUGCGUUUGUUGCCAUUCAGCUGAAGCUCCCAUGAGGCCUUGACGGUGCUCCUGUGGCUCAGACUCAUGGGUCUGCUGUUGUGUGUUCAGAGGCUCACUAUAGACCAAAUGACAGCAUCAUAGUAGAGAGAUGUUCCCUUAAAAUGAAAUCUUAGUGGACGUCACUGCAACAUUAAUGCAUCAUCAGGUUGAACCUGUUUGAUGAGAGGUCAUCAAACACAAGACCAGAAUUAGAUUCAAUCUUGAAUCCAAUACAACGUCUUUGCCAUAAAGUCUAUUUUUACGAUGAUCAGUUUUUGUUGACACUGUCAAUCAUGGUUCAUUAAAGUCAUUUGUUUUAGUUAGUCUUGGCACUGUACUGGACUGCCUUAUAUACAGAGGUGUUUCUUAUAUUCUGUCCCUGUCAUGUAUUUAAACUCCUCUUACUAUAAUGUAAUCCAACAGCACCUUGAACUAUUACCUCAGUAAUAAACAUGUAAUUAAAUGAAGACAUCUCUGGCCAUGUCAACAAGAGCGGGUGAGCUCUGUAAAGAUGGACAUUACAGCAGGGCUGCUGAAUUGGUUUUUGAAACUGCGUUUGAUUGUACAGGUGUACCUAAUAAAGUGGCCACUGAGUGUUUUUCCAUUGAGUUGAGUGUCGUUGAAGGCAGUGAUUAUGUUCUAACUGGUUCACAUUUAAUAUCGACAUUUUUAAUCCAUGUUUCAGGAGCAUUAUAAAAAGAU